AAGUGCUCACGAGGGUAAGACUGGGAGUUCUGUCUCUGCUGCUGCUUCUGGUGGACACAGCAUGGCGAAAGGGCUGGGAGGUGAGGACAGCCCCAGCAGGGCAGUGAAUGGAGGAAAGAGGAAGAAGAAGGAGAGGAAUCUGGAUGAGCUGAAGAGGGAAGUUUCGCUGGAUGACCAUAAGAUCUCCCUGGCUGAGCUGAGUGAGCGCUAUGGGGUGGACCUCUCCAGGGGCCUGAGCAAUGCCCGGGCGCUGGAGAUCCUGGCACGGGACGGCCCAAACGCACUCACGCCCCCGCCCACCACACCCGAGUGGGUGAAAUUCUGCCGGCAGCUGUUCGGCGGUUUCUCCAUCCUGCUGUGGAUCGGAGCGAUCCUCUGUUUCCUAGCGUACAGCAUCCAGGCUGCUACCGAGGAUGAGCCAGCAAAUGAUAAUCUGUACCUGGGUGUCGUUCUUGCUGCUGUUGUCAUCAUCACUGGCUGCUUCUCAUACUACCAGGAGGCUAAGAGCUCCAGGAUCAUGGACUCUUUCAAAAACAUGGUUCCUCAGCAAGCGCUGGUGAUCAGGGAGGGGGAGAAGAUGCAGAUCAAUGCAGAGCAGGUGGUGCUGGGGGAUUUAGUGGAGAUCAAGGGCGGAGACCGAAUUCCUGCAGACCUGAGGGUUAUUUCCUCCAGCAGCUGCAAGGUGGACAACUCAUCCCUGACAGGGGAGUCCGAGCCUCAGACCAGGUCACCGGAGUUUACCCAUGAGAACCCACUGGAAACACGCAAUAUUUGCUUUUUCUCCACCAACUGUGUGGAAGGUACAGCCCAUGGAGUUGUGAUUGCCACUGGCGACCACACAGUGAUGGGGCGAAUUGCCACGCUGGCAUCAGGACUGGAGGUGGGACAGACACCUAUUAACCUGGAGAUCGAGCAUUUCAUCCACAUCAUCACAGGCGUGGCUGUCUUCCUGGGCGUCAGCUUCUUCAUCCUCUCCCUCAUCCUGGGAUACACCUGGCUGGAAGCCGUCAUCUUCCUCAUUGGUAUCAUUGUAGCCAAUGUGCCCGAGGGACUUCUGGCCACCGUCACUGUGUGUCUUACGCUCACUGCUAAACGCAUGGCUCGCAAAAACUGCCUGGUGAAGAACCUGGAGGCUGUGGAGACCCUGGGCUCCACCUCCACCAUCUGCUCCGAUAAGACCGGCACACUGACCCAGAACCGCAUGACCGUGGCUCACAUGUGGUUCGACAACCAGAUCCACGAGGCCGACACCACUGAGGACCAAUCAGGCUCCACCUUCGAUAAGAGCUCAAUGACAUGGACAGCUCUUUCACGCGUGGCUGGACUCUGCAAUCGAGCCGUUUUCAAGCCUGGACAGGACCACACCCCUAUCCUAAAGAGAGACACAGCAGGGGACGCCUCGGAGUCUGCACUGCUGAAGUGCAUUGAGCUCUCCUGUGGCUGCGUCCGCACCAUGAGGGAGAGGAACCCGAAAGUGGGAGAAAUCCCCUUCAACUCCACCAACAAGUAUCAGCUAUCCAUCCACGAGUUUGAGGAGACCCCCAAUGGCCACCUGUUGGUGAUGAAAGGAGCACCUGAAAGGAUACUGGACAGGUGCAGUACGAUCAUGAUCCAUGGGGAAGAGAUGCCCCUGGAUGAUGACUGGAAGGACGCCUUUCAGAACGCCUACCUGGAGCUUGGGGGGCUGGGGGAGAGAGUGUUGGGGUUCUGCCAUUCUCUCCUACCCGCUGCCCAGUUCCCCCGGGGUUUUGAGUUUGACUGUGAUGAAGUGAACUUCCCUACGGAGCAGCUGUGCUUCCUGGGGCUCAUGUCCAUGAUCGACCCCCCCCGCGCGGCCGUGCCGGACGCCGUGGGCAAAUGCAGGAGUGCCGGAAUCAAGGUGAUAAUGGUGACAGGUGACCACCCCAUCACUGCCAAAGCCAUCGCCAAGGGGGUCGGCAUUAUCUCCGAGGGCAACGAGACUGUGGAGGACAUUGCUGAGAGACUCAACAUCCCACUGGGUCAAGUCAACCCUCGUGAUGCCAAGGCGUGUGUGGUCCAUGGCUCAGACCUGAAGGACAUGAGUUCAGAAUAUCUGGACGACCUGCUGAAGAACCACACAGAGAUCGUAUUCGCCCGAACCUCCCCACAGCAGAAACUCAUCAUUGUGGAGGGCUGCCAGAGACAAGGGGCCAUCGUCGCGGUGACAGGAGACGGGGUGAACGAUUCUCCUGCCCUGAAGAAGGCAGAUAUUGGGGUGGCGAUGGGCAUCGCGGGGUCUGACGUCUCCAAACAGGCGGCAGACAUGAUCCUAUUGGACGACAACUUCGCCUCCAUUGUGACAGGAGUGGAGGAAGGACGUCUGAUCUUUGACAACCUGAAAAAGUCGAUUGCCUACACCUUGACCAGCAACAUCCCAGAGAUCACGCCCUUCCUCUUCUUCAUCAUUGCCAGCAUCCCGCUGCCCCUGGGUACCGUCACCAUCCUCUGCAUCGACCUGGGCACCGAUAUGGUGCCUGCUAUCUCUCUUGCUUAUGAGACGGCUGAGAGUGACAUUAUGAAGCGUCAGCCCCGAAACCCUCGCACUGAUAAGCUGGUGAAUGAGAGACUCAUCAGCAUGGCCUAUGGCCAGAUCGGGAUGAUCCAGGCACUGGGAGGCUUUUUCACGUAUUUUGUCAUUUUGGCGGAAAAUGGAUUUCUGCCCCGGAGGCUGCUGGGAAUCCGGCUGGACUGGGACAACCGCAACCUGAACGACCUGGAGGACAGUUACGGACAGCAGUGGACCUAUGAGCAGAGGAAGAUAGUGGAGUUCACGUGCCACACCUCCUUCUUCGUCAGCAUUGUGGUGGUGCAGUGGGCUGACCUCAUUAUCUGCAAGACGAGACGCAACUCUGUGUUCCAGCAGGGCAUGAAGAAUCGGAUUCUGAUCUUCGGCUUGUUUGCAGAGACCGCUCUGGCCGCAUUCCUCUCUUACUGUCCCGGCAUGGACAUCGCCCUGCGCAUGUACCCCCUAAAGGUCUCGUGGUGGUUCUGUGCCUUCCCGUACAGCCUCCUCAUAUUCGUCUAUGACGAGGUCAGAAAGUUCAUCCUGAGACGCAGUCCUGGAGGUUGGGUGGAGAAAGAAACCUACUAUUAACCAAUGGAGAAGACUGGGGUGUUUUGUGUGACCUUAGUGUAUCACUGCAUGAGAAUUAUCAAUGAAUAUCAUAGCAAAUCAAAAUGCAGGUGGUUUUUUCCUGUGCUGUGACACCCAUCCAAAAGGAACCAUCUCUUCCUAUGAAGACAGCACUGCUACAACCUAAAUCAAAAGUAUUAGUCAAGUAUCACUUAUCUAAACAUUUAAUGUAUGUAUUAAAACAUAUAUUAAAUUAGCUGUUAAUUUUUGCAAAAUUACUCAAAAUAAAAAAUCAUACUGUAUUUUCCUUCUUUUUUUUGUUUUAAAUCAGACAUUAAACCAGUUUCACAGGGA